AUGGCCAUGCAAAUCUCCAUCGCCAUCAUCAUCACAUUCACCGCUCUCUCUAUUGUUAGAGCCGACAGACGUCAAGAGGUGCCAAUAGCUGGCAUCUUUGAAGCGGGUUCCGUCGGUGAAAGUGCCUUCUCAUUCGCCGUCUAUGUGUAUAACAAAAAUUCGCGCAAUCCCUUUUACCUCCUCCCAAAGUUGAGUAUUCUUGUUCCACCUCACGAUGCCCUCCGUGUGAUGGAUAGGUUCUGUGACCUUGUCAGUGACAACGUUCUUGCCGUCUUCGUCAGUGAGCUUGCAUUUGACGGAGAAGUGAAUAAAGUACUUGCUAACACCGCGGCAGCACUACAAAUCCCUCUAAUCACGACAGCUGAUGGGCGAGGAGGUGUAUAUACUCGAAACCUAAUGCCAACUACUACAGAUGCCCUGGCGGAAGUGCUGGUUCAUGAGAAUUGGACGACCUUUGCCUACCUUACCACAAGUAUGGAGGGCGUUGGAAGAUUAGGACAAUUGAUUUGGGAGCUUCAAGAGCGGGGAAGCAACUUGAGUUUGGCGGAGGUCACGGUGCACUAUGUAGGUGUCCGCGGGAUCGAGGAAAAAGAAUUGCAAGAAUCUCUUGUAGCGCUGGACGGAGCAUUGAAAAAGAGAGUUACAAGGAGAGUGGUAGUCGACUCAAGAGUAGCGGAGACCAACCAAUUGAUGCGAAUGUUUUCGCGCAUGGGAAUGAAUAGAGGCGAGUAUGAGUUUCUGUUUGCUAGUCUCAAUGUGGCCGACACGGAUCUGGUGGACUAUAUUUACUCCGGAGUUAAAUUGGCAGGGUUUAGACUGAUGGACCCAGACCGCAAUGAUGUGAAACAAUUCGCUGCCGAUUGGAACAACUGGAACAGUCGCAGUUCCACUGUUCCUAACCUCGCGCCCACCGCUUUUACCACCGCUACCUCUACACCGCCUUUCUACCACGCCGCUCUGAUGGCCGAUGCUGUGGCACUCUUCACCUCCACAUUGCAUUGUCGCCUUCAGCAGAUGGAACCGCAUCGGGCCAACGCUUCGCUGGCUGAACUCACGGCAGCCGCACUACAGAUGCGUCAGCAAUCAUCAUUAAAUGGCGGUAGUGGUAGAGGCGAUGGUAAUGGACGGUCUGGAUGCUAUUUGGGCGGUCGACUGAUGUAUCAACACGGAGCCUACCAGGUUCGCGGACUGGGAGCAAUUGCGGAGUUGAGGAGACACUUUGUGGCUGUAGACGUUGGUGAUGGAUGUGGUGAUAUGGGACUGCGUGGGUUGACAGGAGAUUUGCGUACUUGUGUGGAGGAAAGAGAAGUGGGAGAACUGGUGCUCUGGUCGGCCAUGGAUACAACGGGACUGCAGCCGGUGGCCAGGUGGAGCCCAACAACUCACUUAAAUUUUGAUGCCUUCAAGCCUCCACUCAUUGCAAAGGCGGUCGACACUACGCCAAAGCCGAGUGAUGACUUUGAAGGUGGCGAGCGUCUUCCUCAAGUAUGGGAGGAGGAUUUUGACCCUUCUGUCAUCAUCGACAGGCAGCGCCUAGCUGACUACCGCAAUCGCACCAUCCGUGUGGUGACCAUUUGGUCUAAGCCCUUUGUUCAACCCAAGCCUCGUAAACUUGGAGCGCCUCCGGCUCAAGGAAUCGAUCGAUUCGAAGGGUUCUGUGUGGACCUGCUGGAGGAAAUUAGUAAGAUAGUUGGCUUCAAAUACGACAUCCACAUUGUAUACGAUGGAAUUUUUGGAACAAAAAUAGGAGAAAUGCCUCCACAGCGUGUGGAAGUGUUGUCAAGACGGCCACUAAGCAAUGUUGUGGAUCGACGUGUGGAGACUCGGAGGCUUCAGGUGUGGAACGGACUAAUUGGCGAGAUUUUGAAUAACACGGCUGACUUGGUGGUGGCGCCACUCACAGUGAACUACCUAAGAGCUCAGGUUGUAGAGUUCUCUGAACCGUUUCUCGCCUUCGGUCUAUCCCUGAUCAUUAAGAAACCGGGGAAACAAAAGUCAGGAAGUUUGUCAUUUCUGAGGCCCCUAUCAAAUGCCGUUUGGUAUGCGAUAUUUGGUGCGUGGAUCACAGUGAGUUUGGGUCUCUACGUGAUUGCCCGAAUCAGUCCAACUGAGUGGCAGGUGAUGAAGGAUCCUCUGACUGGGAAGCGGUAUUACAAUCGACGAUUUACUUUGGGAAAUUCCAUUUGGAUUUCAUUUGCCGCGUUUGUUCAACAGUACCUUUCUUUUAUCCUCCAGGGUGUGGAUUUUGCUCCACGAGCACCCGGUACCCGACUACUGAUUGCGGUGUGGUGGUUUGUUACCCUCAUUCUCAUUGCCUUUUACACAGCCAAUUUGGCUGCCUUCCUGACCAUCUCGCUUCGUGUACCACCAAUCAAUGGUUGGAGUGAUUUGCUCAAAUCUGACAUGGAGUAUGGAUCAUUGAAGUCGGGCUCCACCAGGGAUUUCUUUUUUAACACAAAAUUGGAACCGUUUGCUCAACUCGGGGCCUGGAUGAAAAGAAACACCCACGCCCUUGCCAGUAAUUUGGAGGAGGGAGUGGAGAGGGUUCGCUCAUCCAAGGGCAAGUACGCAUUUGUCCUGGAGUCCGUGAUGAACGAGUAUGUCAACAAUCGGGAGCCCUGUGACACAAUGAUGGUGGGCAGUGCCUUUGGCAAUUACGGAUACGGCAUCGCUCUGCCUCGCAGGUCGCCGAUGCGUGAAGCCCUAAGCGAUGCUGUCCUGCGUCUGCGCGAAAGUCAAGUGCUCACUAACCUUCGCAAGAAGUGGUGGAUCGAGCGGGGUCAGUGCUCCGCUGCCGCGGAUGCUGAUCGAUCAGCGGCAAAUGCCUUAGCCCUGAUAAACGUUGCAGGUGUGUUUCAUAUCCUCGUGGGUGGACUCCUACUGGCUCUGCUGGUGGCUGCGGUGGAACUCUCAUGGCACAUGAGAUGGAGGCAUAAGGGGCGGUGGUGGCGGAGACGGAGGAGGAGGAGGAGAAGUGAAUCCACAGAGGCAACACGGAAGUCGACCAAGUCGGAGGUGGGAACGAGACUGGAGAGCAACGAAGUGGAUCCAUGGACAAUGCAAAUACAGUAG